AUGAAUCAACUAAAGAAAGAUGAAGAGUUAGUUGAGUGUUUUUUAGAACAUAUUUUUCAUCAUAUUGAUAAGACAACUGUAUUGCAAGAGGCACGGAUAUUUAACAAAUCGCCUAUUAAUCCUCGAGUGUGUCGUAUCUUAUUGAUGAAAAUAGCGUAUCUUUUACAUACAGGGGAUCAUUUUGUGACACGUGAUGCUACAGAACUUUUUUUUGGGAUAACAAAGCUUUUUCAGCACAAAGAUGCAUCCUUACGUCAAAUGGUUUAUGUGAUUAUUAAAGAAUUAGCAAGAACGGCAGAAAUAGUUAUUAUGAUUACAUCUAGUGUAAUUAAAGAUACAACAAUAAACCCAGAUGCAAUAUAUCGUCCUAAUGCAAUUCGUUCGCUAUGUAGAAUUGUUGAUGCAACUACUGUUCCAACUGUUGAACGUGGUAUUAAAGCAGCUAUUAUUGAUAAAAAUCAUUCUGUGUCUGCUGCAGGUCUUAUUUCCUCUUACCAUUUGCUUCCUAUUGCAAAAGAUGUGAUACGUAAGUGGGCGAAUGAAGUUUUGGAGGCACUUUCCUCGAAAACGGUUGUAAAUCAUUCUAUCAUACCAUAUUUGGCUAGUUCUACUCGGCAAAUUCAGAGUUUUAUUACACAAUAUCACGCAUUAGGUUUAUUAUAUGUCAUACGAAGCCACGAUCGUAUGGCUGUUAUGAAGAUGGUACAACAGUUUAGUAGUUAUCAGAAUAGGGGAUCGUCUGCAGGAAAUAUUCAGCUUAAGAACCCUUUUGCUAUUGUUUUACUUGCUAGAUAUGCAGCAAAGGUUAUGGAGGAUGAUCCAAGUCAACGUUAUAAUAUGUUGAAAUUAUUAGAAGAAUGGCUACAUCAUAAAAAUGAUAUGGUUAACAUUGAAGCUGCAAAAAUAAUACUUCAAUUGAAAGACAUAACUGAAGUAGAAGCUACUUCUGCAAUCUCUGUGCUUAAAGGAUUUUUAUCUUCUCCUCGUACUGUCUGCAGAUUUGCUGCAAUUAGGAUCUUAAAUAAAUUCACAAUGAUAAAAUCCCAUAUGGUUGGGUGUUGCAAUUCUGAUAUAGAAAGUCUUAUUUCCGAUUCUAAUAGGUCAAUUGCAACAUUUGCUAUUACAACACUUCUUAAGACAGGGAAUGAGAUCAAUAUUGAUAAAUUGAUGAAACAGAUUCAAAGUUUUAUGGGCGAUAUUACUGAUGAAUUCAAAAUUAUUGUUAUAGAGGCUAUCAGGUCACUAUGCCUUAAAUUUCCGUCUAAGUAUACUGUUAUGCUUUCAUUUUUGAGUAGUGCUUUAAGAGACGAAGGUGGAUAUGAUUUUAAAAAAUCAGUAGUUGAAGCAAUGUUUGAUAUGAUUAAAUUUAUUCCUGAAUCUAAAGAAGAAGCGUUAUCUAGUCUUUGCGAAUUUAUCGAGGAUUGUGAAUUUACAAAAUUAACAAUUAGAAUUUUACAUACACUUGGUAUAGAAGGACCUUAUAUUAACCAACCAACUAAGUAUAUUCGAUAUAUAUACAAUAGAAUUGUUUUAGAAAAUGCAUUGGUAAGAGCAGCAGCAGUAACUGCUUUAUCAAAUUUUGGUUUAGGGUUAAAUAAUUCUGAACUUAAGAAUAACAUAAAAAUUUUGCUUCAAAGAUGUCUAGAGGAUCCUGAUGAUGAAGUUCGGGAUCGUGUUGCUUUAAAUAUUAAAUUAUUAGAAGACAAUAAUGUUUCUGGUUUUCUUAAAAAUAAUAAUAUGCCUUCUCUUUCUGCUUUAGAAUAUCAACUUGUAUGUUAUAUUUCAUCAAAUUCUUUUGAAAAACAAUUCGACGUUUCAUCUAUACCGAAUAUUAGUAAAGAGGAGUUAGAUGCUGAAUCAUACAGACAAAAGACUAUUGAAGUAGACUCAUUGUCUACAUUUAUGUUAAUUGAGACAAAGGCCAAUCAAACAACUCAUAAUACUCUUUUGAGUGAUGUUACGGCCCAGUAUACUAAUAUUCUUCAGUCCGUUUCAGAGUUUAAAGAUUAUGGUCCUCUUUUAAAAUCUACUUCAAACCCAAUAGAGUUAACGGAGUCUGAAAUUGAGUAUUAUGUUACAGCAAUUAAACACAUAUUUAAGGAGCAUAUUGUUCUUCAGUUUGAUCUUGUAAAUACUCUUUCUGAUACUAUUUUAGAAAAUAUUUCAAUGAUUUCAGAACCUGAUGGAUCUGGUUUAAAAGAAGAAUUUGUUAUACAGGCUCAAAAAGCGGAACAUAACUCUCCUGUUAGUAUAUAUGUUUCAUUUUUAAGAGAAGAUCCUGAUUCAUUUGUUACUAUAACUUUUACUAAUAUUUUGAAAUUUACAACUAAGGAAAUAGAUCCAAAUACAGGUGAGCUUGAAAAAACAGGUUAUGAUGAUGAAUAUCAGGUUGAGGCUUUAGAAUUAUCUGUUGCAGAUUAUGUUUUUCCUAUAUAUAUUAAUAAUUUUGCUCAAAUUUGGGACUCUUUAACUGAUAAAAAUGAAGUUGUAGAAACAUUUUCCCUUAGUUCAAUUACAUCUGUGCAAGAAGCAUGUCAUAAGAUACCAGAACAAUUAUCUAUGCAACCACUCGAGGGUACUGAGGCUGUUGUUCAUUCUUCUUUUCAUACGAUGAGACUUUCUGGCAAAAGUAUUAACGGUAACAAAGUUUUGGCGAUUGCAAAAAUAGCAUAUGCUAAGAAUGAAAUGACAUUGAAACUUAGUGUUAGAAGUGAAAAUAUUAUGUUAGCUACAUUGAUUGCAAAUGGAAUUGCAUAA